GUCCGUCAAGAUGUACAAAGCUGCCUGUUUGGUUUUGGCCCUGUUCGCCGUUGCCCUCGCGGUUCCCUCGACUUAUGAUACCGAGCACGUGUGGAAGGCAGGAAACCUUUCGUACGUCGUUCCCGAUAAUGCCGUUUUGGGUGGCUUCGAUCCUUAUGGAUUCAAUACCUAUGUGGGCCGUGUGAUUUACGCCAACAGCAUCCUGCCCGCCCGCGUGGUGGUGGAAACUGGAGUGGCCUACUUCAAUACCGAGACCCUCUCCUCGAAACUCCUGGUGUACGACAUCCUGGUGGCGGAGCGCAAUGUGAACUACGUUUGGGUGAGGAGUUUCGACGGGUUCUACGAGAAGGGAGCCGUGGCCGUGGGCACCACCAACAAAAACGAGCGGGUGUUCUGCUGUCGGGCCAAGACCGAUGGAGGAGUCCUGAUCGGCACCCUCCUCCUCAGCCAGAAGCUCUGCAUCAUCAAGCACGAGACCCUGGCCCUCCGAAAGUUCGACAAGUACGAGGUUCUGGUGGCCCAGGCCAAGGGAAAUGGAACUCUCUACUAGAAUCAUUUGUUUAGACACAAACAAGAACGAAGAUCUCUAGGAAAAACAAAGUCGGAGUACAACUGGAUUCUCUUAACAAAAUAAAAAAAAUCGAUUUUACAA